AUGGACGACCAGAUCCGCGUGGCCGACUACCUCGACGACAAGUUGCAGACGCCCCAGGACCUCGACUCGCUCGACCAGCUGCUGCACAACAUCCACGCCCAGCACGGCCUGCUCAAGCAGCAGCUGCACGACGCCCAGCGCGACCUCCACGACGCAAAGCAGGCUCAGCACCACCACCACCAUGAGCUACAGAACCGCGCCCGCGCCUUUCGUACUGACCAGGCCGACAUUGACCGCAGGCUGCUCGUCGUCGCCGCCUCGGACACCAGCGACAACGCCGUGCCCCGCUUCGAACGGGUGCUCGACACGCUCCGGCGCCUCGACGUGGCCAACGCAUACGUAGAGCUGUUGCACGAGGUUGACGUGCUCCGCACCGAAGCGCAAUCGCAGCUGCAGACGUCUAACGAGGCCGCCCUCGCUCCCUACAAGCAGCUGCGCUCCCUCCACACCCGCUUGAUCCGCCUGCAAGAUGAAGCCGAGGGUGCUGCCCCGCAACUGCUGUAUCACGUAGACCAGAUCACCCAGGCCCUACGGUCCAAGAUCCUAGAUGCCUUCUCCGCCGAUCUCGACAAAGUGCUCAAGAAGAUCAAGUGGCCAACACCAAAAGCCACAAUAGACAGCGGGCUGCAACAGGACUGGGACAUGGCUGUGCUGAAGCUGCUCGACCUGCAGAUGCCCGAGUUGGAUGGCGUGCAGUAUUCCCAGGGCGAGGCGAGCAAGAUCAAGCUCCCUGCAGUGCUCUUCCCGUACCAGGUGCUGGUCCAGCCCCUGGAAAUGCGCUUUCGCUACCACUUUGACGGUGACAAAGCUACAAACCGCAUUGAUAGGCCCGAAUAUUUUCUCUCCCACAUCACCACCCUGCUGAACGACUACAGCGACUUUGUUGUUGAUUAUGUGCAGCCCAAUCUACUCAAACAAUUUCGUGGCACUGAUCUUGCGCUCAACUACGUCUACAUCGAUGCAAUGUCUGCCUUCAUCACCGCGCUACUCCCCAUGCUGAGGUCUAAAAUCGGCGCCCUCCUUCCGAAAGUGGCGUCUCAACCCCAGCUGCUGAGCCACCUCAUGCACGAGCUCAUGAACUUCGACAACACAAUUAGAGAGGAAUGGAGAUACGACGGUGGUUACGGCGUGGAGGGGUGGAAAGGCCUGUCAUGGGAAUUCCUUGUCCAGGGUGACUGGUUUGGGCGGUGGCUGCAGGUUGAGAAAGACUUUGCCUUGGCCCGUUAUCAAAGUAUUGUCGAGGCCCCAGACUUUGGGGAUCUGGACUACGAGAGUGUCGAUCCCAAAGCCACAAAACCCACCAAGGGAGCAAUCCGCGUCAAUGACUUGCUUGAAACAAUCACAGACCGUUACAGACCCUUGACUUCGUUCACCCAAAAAUUAAGAUUCUUGAUGGAUAUUCAGAUUACCAUUUUCGACAAGCUUGAAGAGCGGCUUCGCGGCAACCUGGAAGCCUAUCUAACUCUGACGACGUCCUUAGGUCGUGCAAUGGGCGGUGUUUCCAAACAAGAGCAGGACAGGCUGCUGGGUACAGAAGGCCUCGAAAGGCUCUGUAAGACAUACGGUAGUGCAGACUACCUUGAACGAGCAAUGCGAGAUUGGAGCGACGACCUGUUCUUCCUCGACAUAUGGGACGAGCUGCAAGAUCGUGCUCGCCGAGCCAAUAACAUUGGUGCCAUGUCUGUCGCCGAUGUAGCAGAACGCACGUCAAAAGCCGUAGGCGGGGAUAGCGACGGUGGCGCGCUCUUCGACGAAAUCGCCGCGGCAUACUCGCGUCUCCGCAUCCGGAGCGAAAAGAUCAUUACCGACACCCUCAAUAGUAACGUGCGCGAGGCGCUACGAGCCUAUCGACACAUCAACCCCUGGGCGACGCUUUCCGCAUCGAGCACCACGCUCUCCAGCACUGCAGAGCUCGACCCACUCGUUACCUAUCUGACCACUACGCUGGGAUUCCUGUCCCGCGCGCUCGCUCCCGCUCCACUGCGCCGCAUCGCGAGAGGCGCCCUCGCUACCGUGAGCUCCACCGUCUGGGACAACGUCGUCAGCCGACACCGCUUCUCGACCGCGGGCGCUGCACAGCUCUCAUCUGAUCUUCACGCCAUAUGUCGCGUUGUCGAUAAAGCGGUUGGACCGGGCGUUGCUGAGGCCGGACUGCGUCGAUGCCUUGAAGGUGCCCAGCUUCUCAAUCUGCCCAUUAAGGGUGGCAACUCGCAGGUGAAAUCGUCCGAUGAAACGGGUGAUGUUGGCGAGGACUGGGAAGCCUGGGGUGCAGACGAUGACGGCGAGGCGCCAAAAGAAACGGGUGGUGGUACAGAAGCCGAGGGUGGCGCUGAGCUUGGCGGGCAGCUCGGACUUUGGGAGGUCGAAAAGAGGUUGUUUGCUGAUAAUCAGAGUGCGAGAGUGGUUCUCGAUGAUUUGGGCUUGGAGGUGCUGAGUGAAAGCGAGGGCCGGGCUGUGCUCGGGCGAAGGGUGGAACUCGCCGGAUAG